ACAAUGCACUUAACACUAAAUAAGAUAAAUAUAAUUUUUACUAAUUUCAUUGACGAAUAUUAAAUAAGAUAUGAUAAAAUGGACAAAGGUGAAGAGAAAGAAUUUUCUAUCGAAAACUGUGUUUUGAAUUUUUUAAAUACUAUUUUGAUUCUCGGAGGAAACGGCAUCAUAGCUAUCGGAAUUUUGAAGCAAAUAUACAUUUCUAACAUAGGAAUUUUUACUAACGAUAUUAUAUCGAACACGCCAAUAAUAAUUAUAAGUAUUGGUAUUGCAGUUGCAGUAAUUUCCGUUUUUUAUUUUUGCGUUUUGACCAAACAAAAAUUCUUCUGUAUGACACUGUGCUCUAUAUUAUUUGCCAUAGUGUUCAUCAUUCAAAUUACAAUAGGUAUUGGAAUUCUCGUAAAAAGAGAUGAGGGAAACAAUAUCAUUAAAAAUAACAUGUAUAAAACACUGAUGACGUAUGAAGUAGAUGAAGUUAUGAAGAAGAAUUGGAAUAAAUUACAAAAAUCUAAAAAAUGUUGUGGUGUUGGAAAUACGAGCGAUUGGAUUAUAUUUACUAAAGCAUCAGAAAUACCACGAUCUUGUUGCAGUGAAAAUACUAUCAAAUGUAGCAUACCGUUCUCCAAAAAUAGUACAUUAUUUAAAAAUGGAUGUUUCGAGAAGAUAACAAGAGAAAUCAAUUUUGGAAUCAAUAUAUAUGAAAUAGUAAACUCGAUAGUUUGCGUUCUUGAGUUUGAAAUUGUUUUAUACGGACAUUAUUAUAUUCGUGUUUCUAGAAAGAUAAAGGAAUUUAAAAAACCAGAAGAAUCAGAAACUUCAGAAAGUUCAGAAAGCUAAUUCAGUUUAAUAAAUAAAGA